CAUGGGCUCGGGCUUGUUAUAUUGUAAGCAGCAGCUCCUUACAGGCGAAGUUAUCAUCACCGGUCGUACCGUUUGUCGCUUUGUCCGCCUUCUUGACGGAACAACAUCCGUCGUUUUUAGUCAGUCCUCACCAUGCUGACCCUACCAUGCAGUUAUUGUAUUCGAUUGCACGACACUUUCUUACAGAAGAGGUAGCCGAUAACGGCGAUUAUCGGGAAGAUGCACUAUUUCUUUGCGAAAGCAGCAUUGGCCACCCUCGGUGAACACAUCCCCAGCUUGGAAAGCUAGCACGGCAUUCAAAAGCUGUAUGGAGCAGCCCAAUCUCCGGGCCUCAGCCCUGUCGAGAACUUGUGGCGAAUGAUGAAGACCCGUGUCAGUCUAAAGUUCGAAGGAGGGAUGACGAUGGAGCAAUUUCGGCGCGUAAUCCUGGAAGUUUGGGAAAGCUUGGAACCUCCAGACUGAAACAAGCUGAUCGAGUCGAUGCCAAAGAGGACGCAAGCGGUGAUCGAUGUCAAAGGGUGGGGGCCGAUCUGUACAUUGCUACCUUUAAUACGAACCCGGCGUGACCUCAUGAGCAAUCUGAUACUGGAUGACAGACGUGUCAGCAAUAUCCUCACUAACGAAACUACUGAUCAACAUGCUGUUGACCAGUAUGUGUCGAGGCCCACCGAAUGGAUGAACUUCUCGAAGUCCGAUGUCCUUUACACCGCCCCUUCUAACGACAUGACGAUCCUCUGCCUCCUGUGCUUGUGGAAGUCCAGAUGCCCUACGACAAAUUCUUGACUAAUGCAACAAGGCGAAAGCGGCUUUGUGCGAGGACGUCUCCAAUGUUUUUUUAAACGUACGAUCGAUUGUUUGGAUGAAAUAAUAAAUAUCAUCAACGACCAGCAGGAG